AUGGCCACCGCAACGUCUCACAACAAGAAAUCCUCGGCGGUCAAACGCAUCCUCUCGGAAGCACGAGAGCUAGGCUGUGACUCUUCCGAUCUGUACACGGCUGCGCCUUUGGAAGAUAACAUCUUUGAAUGGCACUUUACGUUGCGUGGGCCUGCCAACACGGAAUUCGCCGAUGGCCUCUAUCAUGGUCGCAUCCUGCUACCCGCCGAGUAUCCAAUGCGACCACCCAACCUGAUGUUGCUAACACCCAACGGGCGGUGGGAGUUGAACAAGAAGAUCUGCCUCACAUUUACCGGCUUCCACGAAGAGAUGUGGCAGCCGGCAUGGGGGAUAAGAACUGCAUUGUUGGGCCUGCAGACGUUCAUGACGGCCAAAGCAGAGGCAGCGGUGGGCAUCGGCAGUUUGGAUUAUCCGGUCGAGGCGAGAAAGAGGAUGGCAAGCGAGUCGAGGAGGUGGAGGUGUGACAUUUGCGAAAAAUCGACGCUCGAGAUGCUGCCGGACGCUGACGAGCAAGGUCGAGAGAAGAGGCAGGAAGCACUGCCAGAGGGGCUACAGGUCCAACUGAAUGCGCCAUCACACAAACCGUCGUCGGCGUCAUCCGACACGACGCAAUCGGAUCCCAUCCCGACACGGGCUUCUUCCGACCAAGCUUGCGAGCCAACAAUGUCUACAGCUGCUCCUACCGCUGCUGCUCCAACAUCACAACUCCACUACAGACCACCUGCAACAACUGCCGCUCCAACGCCCACAACCUCGUCUACGUCUUCAGCCGCUCCGACUCCAUCCGUAAUCCGCGUCUCGGCAAUAGAGCAGAAACUAUCCGUGAUCGACAACUGCAUCAAGGCGCUCGGCAUCCUCGUCGCCCUUCUCAUCGUCAAACGUCUCAUCUAA